AACAGUCCGUUUCUGUGCGGAGAAGUGAUUGCAGAUCAUCUUCGACAAACGUACAUUGAUUGUCCCCAGCAUCUUACAUCAUCACGUAAGUGAAAUCCGCACAUGCUGCUGCUGCGCUCCUCUGGAAUCACGCUACGACCACGACAACGCGAGCGCCUGCGCCAGUGUCGGUGACGUCAGAAGAAGCAUGGCGGUCAAGGUGCAGUCAACCAAACGGGCCGACCCCAACGAAUUGAAGGUCAUCUUUCAAAAGUAUGCAAGUGUUUUGGACAAGGAGGGGGAGCGGUUUAUGACCCCGGCGGACUUUGUGCAGAAGUACCUCGGCCUUCACGCGCAGGUCCACCACAACCCCAAAACUGUGCAGCUCAUUGCUGGUGUGGCUGACACAACCAAAGAUGGGCUCAUUUCUUUUCAGGAGUUCUUGGCCUUUGAGUCUGUACUAUGUGUGCCAGACGCUCUCUUCAUAGUGGCCUUCCAGCUCUUUGACAAGACUGGCACUGGAGAUAUCUCUUUUGAGAAUGUGCGUGACAUCUUUAGCCAGACAACGGUGCACCAUCACAUCCCUUUCAACUGGGACUGUGAGUUUGUCCACCUGCACUUCGGCCAUGACCGCAAGAAACGUCUCACCUACCUGGAGUUCACACAGUUUCUGCAGGAGCUGCAGCUGGAGCAUGCGCGACAGGCGUUUGCACAGAAGGACAAGGCCAAGAGCGGCGUCAUCUCGGCCAUGGACUUCAGCGACAUCAUGGUCACCAUCCGACACCACAUGCUCACGCCCUUCGUGGAGGAGAACCUGGUCUCGGCUGCAGGGGGAGGUACUUCUCACAUGGUUAGUUUCUCUUACUUCAACGCCUUCAACUCUCUACUCAACAACAUGGAGCUCAUUCACAAGAUCUACAGCACUGUGGCUGGCACGCGCAAGGAUACACUGCUCACCAAAGAGGAGUUUGUUCAUGCUGCUAAUAAGUUUGGCCAGAUCACUCCCAUGGAGAUCGACAUCCUGUACCAACUGUCUGGCCUUCACUCCCAAACCGGACGACUGAACAUGUCAGACAUCGAGAGGAUAGCGCCACUGGAGGAGGGCGCGCUGCCUUACAACCUGGCUCAGACACAGUCCCCGGGCGAUGGCUCGCGAACAGUAAUGUUGCAGAUAGCGGAGUCAGCGUAUCGCUUCACUCUGGGCUCCAUCGCUGGAGCAACGGGGGCGACAGCAGUGUACCCCAUUGACCUGGUGAAGACGCGCAUGCAGAACCAGCGCUCCACCGGCUCCUUCGUGGGUGAGCUCAUGUACAAGAACAGCUUCGACUGUGCCAAGAAGGUGCUCCGCUACGAGGGCUUCUUUGGAUUCUACAGAGGCCUUGUGCCCCAGCUCCUUGGAGUGGCUCCAGAGAAGGCCAUCAAACUGACGAUGAAUGACUUUGUGCGCGACAAGUUCACCCAAAAAGACGGUUCCAUUCCCUUUGCUGCCGAGAUCUUAGCUGGCGGCUGUGCUGGUGGAUCUCAGGUGAUCUUCACCAACCCGCUGGAGAUCGUCAAGAUCCGGCUCCAGGUUGCCGGGGAGAUCACCACGGGGCCUCGUGUGAGCGCGCUCAGUGUGGUCAAAGACCUCGGCUUCUUUGGCCUCUACAAGGGUGCCAAGGCUUGUUUCCUGAGAGACAUCCCUUUCUCGGCCAUCUACUUCCCAGCCUACGCCCACAUGAAGAAGGAGUUUGCUGACGAGCACGGCCGACUGGGACCCCUGCAGCUCCUCGCUGCUGGCGCCAUCGCUGGUAUCCCCGCGGCCUCUCUGGUCACGCCCGCUGACGUCAUCAAAACGCGACUGCAGGUGGCUGCGCGUGCUGGUCAGACCUCGUACAACGGCGUGAUCGACUGCUUUCGCAAGAUCAUGAGGGAGGAGGGCUUCAGGGCACUGUGGAAGGGUGCUGGAGCUCGAGUGUUCCGCUCCUCCCCUCAGUUCGGUGUGACCCUGGUGACCUACGAGCUGCUCCAGCGGUGGUUGUACGUGGACUUUGGUGGAAAACGGCCUGUAGGCUCAGAGCCCACUCCCAAGUCCCGCAUCUCGGAGCUCCCGCCUGUGUCCUCGGAGCACGUUGGCGGCUACCGCCUCGCCGCGGCCACCUUUGCCGGCGUGGAGAACAAGUUCGGCCUUCACCUGCCCAAGUUCAAGUCCUCGGGGGUGACCACCCUCUACCACCCCGAGCCCCCCAAGCCCGAGAGCCCUCCGCCGGCCGAUGCCCCCUCCUCCUCUUAGAGACUAGCUGCCCCCACCACCCUGCCUGGUGGCGAGCCGCCGCCUCCUCCUCCUCCUCCUCCUGUCGGCUGCAUGAUCUGUCUCUGAGCCCCCCGUGCCAUUUCACUCCACCUCUUCCUUUUCUCCAUCCUCCUCUCAGAUUGAUCACUCUUUAUUUUUAUUCCUGGAGUUUCUCCACUCACAGGGUCCAACAUGGUGAUGGUAGCGGUCACUCACAGACAUCUGCUCACUGUUGCUUAUUUGCUACUGGGCGCCUCUCUGAAUGAUUUCCUUUUCUUAUCAAUUAGUGACAUUAUGGUUUUCGAUUUGUGGCCACCGCAGUUGUAGUUGAGCAUGCACAUUUUGGUUUUAUCAGGGUUAUCAUCUUUUGUUUACCUUUUUU